AUGCUGGAAAUUCCGCUCACCUUUCCGAAUUCUUCUAGGCUCCGUGACAAGAGCUGUGAACGACCACCAUGGGGAAGUGUAAUCGAACAGAGCUUCCUGUCCGCAACACCAACAGCACUCGAAUAUUGGGAAGGCUGCAAUGAUACGGAAACAUGUGGUAUUGUUGUAGGAUGCGAAGAUGGGUCGCUCUGCGUCUCCGGCACCAUCAAUCGCCGAGUCUUUGUCGAAAUCGAAGAGGAAAAGCCCUCCAAGAAGGUCGUUGUCUAUCGGAAUUUCUGUUCACCACAUUCCCCGCACGAACGCUCACAUCGAUGGUCGCCUUCCUUCUCACUCCGCUAUCACAUUAUUCCUUCAUGCUCUGGACCAGGACACGCAGUCCGUGCAGUCCAAAUCCUGGAGGGCAAUCAGUACAUUGCUGUUCUACACCAACCGGGCGAUCUGAGCAUCUAUUCGACACGGGACGGGGAGUGCGUCUCGUCAAUUUCCGUUGUCGAAAAGUUAGAUGUCCAGAGGUCUCGCGAGAUAUGGACCUGGUGCUCGUUGAAAGUCGGAACGAUCGAUGGGGAGACGCUGCUUCUUGUCACAGCGGCAACAGAUUCCAGCACAUCGGCUGCAACGCCUGACCUCGAUGAGGCUUCCUCAGAGAAGUCCCUCACGGUGGCAUUCCUACUUGCAGAUGGACCUGAAGGGAUUCGGUUGGAAAAGUUGGGGCGUUGUGACCUCCUGGGCCCGGCGAGAGGGAUUGGUAUCUACAAUGGACCAGAUGAAUCUACGGCUCUGUUUUCUAUCGAUGCUCAAGGCCAGUUACUGCUACGGCCAAUAGAGCUCGGCCCCCCGACUCCACACACAAUCUCGAGCAUAUCGACCACUCCCGAACCUGACCAUCUGGGCCAUCUCGCCUUGGCCAAGAGCAUCAAAGCAAUAAUGAAUCGAUCCCCCGACCAUCUUGACGUUUCCUCGCAGCCUGGCCAUCAGAAGCCUAGGAUACAUCUGCUUGGCGCACGCAACGCUGGCGUCCUUCUCUCAGAUUCAACGCUUACCGGGCUUUCAACUCGCAACAUCGACGGUGUCCUAUACGGGAUUGUGUGGGCCCAUCGUGAAAUGACGGUUUUUUCAUACAAUUCCAACUCGCUGCAAGUCCUUCUACGUGAGACCAUCCCUGACAUCGAGGAUGCAGAAUGGCUUGACAAUACGACCUACGCCCUCUCAUUCAAGGAUAAGAUGGAAGUCUAUGCCCUGAAAUCAGUGGACGCUGAUAACAACUCAAUCGCAUCCCCUGAAGCUAGCCAUGAGACGCCCUGCCGCUACCGCCCAGAUCUUGUUAGGAUUUUACCAACAGGUCCCCACGAAGCGGGUACUUUCAUCCCAUCCUCCGACCUAAUAUUGACCAAGGUCGACAAAAAAGGAAACCGAACACUGGUUUCUUUCCAUGUUCGCCCUGGGAAGGAUAGUCCAAAUGGUGCUUCAACCGUCUUAUGGCAGCCAUGUCAUCAGGACAAACCAGCUCGAUCAGAGCUUGUUCAGACGGCGACUCUACCCAUCGAACUCGAAACCAUCGUCCAGGGCUACUCCGAUGGUCGAUUGAGGCAAUUCACCCUUGAACAAAUGAUCGUGCAGAAUUCAGACUCUACGCUGCCGCCAUCGGCUGCCUCGAGAACAUCAGAGCCGUCCUUCAAUGGAUGUGUACUAGCCCUUAAUGUCGUCCAGAAUAAGAGGACCCGUGAAAAAUACGUUGUUGGAGGCGUGGACGACGGUUCCAUUGCCUUCUGGAGCUUGAGCACCUUAGAACUAUGUGCUCGUUGGAUUGCAUUUUGUAGCCCACUCGUACGGGUCAUCGCAUUUGACGACGAUGUUGCUGGUAUCCUACGCGGCUGUGUCUUGUGCAUUGCCGCUGACGGCACCAUUGCUGUCAUCGUAGUCGAUGGUUUCCAAUUUCUGUAUCUUAUACCAGGUUCAUUCGCUCCGUUGAAUACCCUCUGUAUUCGAGGAAGUAACCUGUUGUUGAUAUAUGGAAACCAGCUGGCUCGAACAUGGGAUUUGCAAGCCAAAGAGUUCCAUAGGUCCAUGACACCAGACAAGGCACAAGAGCUUUUAGACCAAGACGAAUCGCUGGAUCCUGGCUCAAUCUUGUCACCUUCAGAGUGGAGAACCAUCGCGCCUGCAUCGACUGGACGGGAUAGCGUUGCAACAUUAGCGUUUGCCUUGGAGAGGUUCGUGCAAGUAGCGGUGGCCGUCACCAGAACCAUCAGCACCAGUAAGGAUGAAGUAGAAACUAUCCUACGCACUUUCGACCGACUUCGACUGCUACUUGCUGUGGUUCUGACGCCUGGCCUAAGCCCCGAUCUAGACUCUGUCUGUUCAGGAAAGCUCAAUCUACCCCCCGCAAUCGUGGGCGUUGGUUUGUCGAGUCUCAAGACUACGACCCUCUAUUCUUCAGCGCAACCACAAGACCCAUGGUGUAUAUCUGGAAAUGUUUCGGCGUCACGACUUCUGGCCAUCGUGUAUGUGACGCGGGCUCUGAGCUUAUUUGAAGACGCCGCUGAGGCUGCCAACGCGGUCAUCGGAUUCUACACGACAUCCCUGGGCCCUUGUAUCGGGCCCAAAUACUGCCCGCCUAGCUUGGAAUAUCUGGCCAAGAUAUGGUUCCCUGCUUCGAACGAACUGCGACAGUCUAUAAGAACGGUUUUCGACGCUACUCUCGCCCAGCUCACGGACCAGCAAAUCAUCGACGUCGCGGAAAAAUGGCAACAAUACUUGCCGUAUUCCCAACCAGAUGAAGAACGCGAGGACAUCCGGACCGCCAUUGCAUUGUUUAUAUGUGGCUUCAUAGCUGCAGAGCGCUUCAGCCUGUUGUCGGUUAGCGCCCUUCUCGACAUCUCUAAAUCAGUCGCGUUAUACUUCCACGACGAGAACUCGACACAUCGCGUGUUGGCCAUCGACCUGUGUUCCAAAGGUUUCCAUGUCUGGCAACAAUACGUCGACACCCUCGAAAUCUUGCGCUCGUUGUUCAUGCUGGCGACGACCACCCGUAAGGCAUCCAUCUCCCCGCAAAACGUAGGAGCGCAAGCACGCUUGGCCGUUCUUUCCAUCGCAGCUCAAAACACGGCGCUCUUCAUGUCGACCCUUUGUGUGGAUAUCCUUGAACCAUCCGGACUGGAGCACAGGCGCUCGGUGAUGCAAAUCAUCGCGUUCCUCAUUCGAAAGCGUCCACUGACCUUGCGACCUCAUAUCCCCCGGCUCAUGGAAGCUGUCGUGAAAUCCCUGGAUCCCAACUCGACUGGAAAUCGCGAAGCUGUUCUGGGGGCUGCAACUGAAAUCAUAGGAUACGUUGUCAAAACGUUCCCCACCGUUGACUUCCACAUGGGCUCCCAAAAGUUAGCGGUUGGAACGAGUGAAGGAGCUGUUGUGAUGUACGACCUGAAGACUGCUAUCCGCCUCUACGUCCUCGAGGGCCACCGACAGCCGCUGACUGCGCUCAACUUCUCGCCAGAUGGGAGGCGGCUUGUGACUGUAUCUUUGACUGACCAGCACGUUCUUGUGUGGAAGGUUGGUACAGGCUUUUCGAGUUUCUUCGCACCGGGGUUGCCUCCGCGACAAGGUCACGGUGGUUCAGAACCUUUCAAAAAACUCCCGUUCAAUAUUGGUUUGGAAGGGGAUGUUUCUGGCAGCAACGUAUUGGAUCCUGUUGUGUUUGAAUGGUCCGGAGACCGUAGUGUCAAAGUCAAAAUUCGCGACUGCGUAUUGACAUUUAGCACUUAA